AUGUCAAAUAAUGAAGAUAAACUUGCCGCUGGCAAACGUGAGAAAGAUAAUGGCAACGAAUGUUUCAAAAAGGGAGAUGUGAAAGAAGCUUUGCGAUAUUAUCACCAGGCGUUGCUUAACUUGAGUGGCCUUCAAAAUAACAAAUCAUUUGCCGUCUUUCGAAAAGAACAAGAGGAGGAACCUAAAAAAGAUCCUUUACAAGAAGAUAUUUUGAAAACCACGAGCGUAGUAUAUAGUAAUAUGUCUGCAUGUUGUAUAAAACUUGAAAACUGGACUAAAGCACUUAAUUACGCAAACAUGGCUCUAAAGAACGAUCCUGAAAAUACGAAGGCUUUAUUUCGUCGAGCUCAAGCUUACAUUAACGAAGGAAAUACAACUAGAGCUCGAGAAGAUUUGGAAAAAUUAACAGAGAAGAAUCCUGAAGACGCGGCAAUAAAACGUGAAUGGUAUAACCUUAAAAAGAAAGACAGAGAGCAAGAUGAGAAACAGCGUAAAGAACUAAAGGGAAUGUUUGAUCGCGGGAGAAAGAAAGAAGAAAAUGAAGAAAACAAAGACAAUAAAUCCACAAAUACUACUACUGCACACUCACAACCAGCUUCGACGGAACCUCGCUUUGUUGAACUUGACGAUUAA